AUGGAUAAAGGAAACUUGGUCCAGCUGCUCCAAGCGAGCCAGAUUCCCGACACCGAAAAGGUCAAGGCGGUCACGGCCGAGCUGCAGAAGAACUACUACUCCAAGCCCGAGUCCCUCCUCCUCUUGAUUGAGGUCACCAUCUCCCACGAGGAUGCCUCCAUCCGCCAGCUCGCCUCCGUGCAGGCUCUGCGCUUGACGCCUCGUCACUGGUCCGACCUGUCUGCCGACCAGAAGUCUCUUGCCAAGAAGCACCUCACCGAGAGCAUUUUGAACGACCAGUCUCCCUCCUCCCGCCACUCCAAGUCGCGUCUCCUCGCUGCCGCCGUCGGCCUCGAUCUCGAGGAUGGCGAGGGUCAGGACUUCCUGCGCGAGCUGCUCGCUCUGAACACCUCCGACAACGUCGCCCACCGCGAGGUCGGCUCCUACAUUCUCUUCGCUCUGCUCGAGAAUGACCCUAUCCCCUUCCACGAGCACGUCGGCCAGGUCCUGAGCUUGCUCCAGAAGACCGUCAACGACCCUGCCAGCGCCGAUGUUCGCCUCAACGCUGCCAAGGCCGCUGGUGCCAUUCUGGUUCUCGUUGACGUCGACGACGAUGCCGAGAGCCUGAAGAUCCUCCAGUCCAUGGUCCAGCCCAUGGUUGAGAUCCUUAAGAGCGCCAUUCAGAACGGUGCCGAUGACCAGUACAACGACCUCUUCGAAGUUUUCCAGUCUUUCAUGAGCUACGACUCGGCAUUCCUGGCAACCUACCUGAAGGACAUUAUCCACUUCAUGCUCGAUCUUGCCGUCAACACCGAGGUCGAGGAUGAUGCUCGUUCCCAGGCUCUGGCUUUCCUCGGCCAGUGUGCCAGGUACCGCCGUAUGAAGAUCCAGGGCAUGAAGGACAUGGGAGCUCUCCUCAUGGUCAAGAGCAUGCAGAUUGUUGCCGAGAUCGACAACGAUGCCGAUGACGACGACAGCUCCCCCGCCAGAACCGCACUCAGCCUGAUUGACCAGCUGGCCAGCGACUUGCCUCCCAAGCAGGUCAUUGUUCCCCUGCUCGAGCAGUUCCCCAGCUUCGCCACGAACGCCAACGCCGGUCUCCGCAAGUCUGCCAUCCUCUCUCUGGGCACCGCUGCCGAGGGUGCUCCCGACUUCGUCGCCACCCAGCUUCAGUCUGUGAUGCCCCUCGUCCUGCAGCUCCUGAACGACCAGGACAUCUCCGUUCGCCACGCCGCUCUCGUUGGUCUCAUCCACUUGGCUGACGAGAUGGCCGAUGAGCUCGCUCCCCAACACGAGACUCUUAUCAGCGCCCUCCUCACCAACCUCGAGGCCGCCGCUGGUUCCUCUGACAAGCAGAGCAUCAGCAUCAUCCGUGCUGCCUGCGGUGCUCUGGACUCUCUCAUCGGCGAGGGUCUUGACGAGCAGUUGAUCAAGAACUACGGCCCCAAGCUCAUUGCUCCCAUGGGCAAGCUGCUCGGCCACGACGACUUCAGCGUCAAGUCCGCUGCCGCUGGCGCCAUUGGUGCCAUCGCUUCAGCUCUUGGUGGCGACGAGUUCAAGCCCUACUUCAAGGAGGUCAUGGGCGCUCUUGGCCAGUACGUCAACAUCAGCGGCAGUGAGGAGGCUCUUGCUCUCCGCUCUUCCGUUUGCGACUCCAUGGGCCGCAUCGCCGACGCCGUUGGCGCCCAAGAGUUCCAGCCCUACGUCAUGGAUCUCAUGAAGGCCAGCGAGGAGGCUCUUGGCCUCGACAACGCCCGUCUCAAGGAGACCAGCUUCAUCCUUUGGGCUUCCCUGUCCAAGGUCUACGGCAACGAGUUCGCUCACUUCCUCCCCGGUGUCUUCAAGGGUCUGUUCGACUGCCUCGAGCUCGACGAGGAAGAGAUUUCUGUUCCUGGAGUGAAGCCCGAGGAUCUCCCUGAGGGUCUGAUCAUGGCUGGAGGCAAGAAGCUGAAGAUCAAGGCCCAGGAGGAGGACGACAUGGAGGAUGACGACGAUGAGUGGGACGACAUGGACGAGUUCUCUGGUGUCACUGCCCUGGCUCUCGAGCAAGAGAUUGCUCUUGAGGUCCUCGGCGACGUCAUCACCCACUCUUGCGGCCCCGACGCUAUCAAGGAAUACCUCGACCAGGCUGUUGAGCGCAUCGCCGCUCUCUCCGAGCACCCUUACGAUGGCGCUCGCAAGGCUUCCAUCUCCACGCUCUGGCGCCUGUACGCUCGCGUCUGGCAGCUUUUCGAGGAGCAGACCGGCUCCAAGUGGGAGGCCGGUAUUCCUCUCAAGCAGCAGCCCGAUGCUGUUCUCAUCGGCCUCGGCCAGAUGGUUGUCAAGGCCACCCUCGCCACUUGGGCUGAAGACCCCGAACGUGGUGUCAUCACCGAGAUCAACCGCAACAUUGCGGCCACCCUCAAGACCUGCGGCCCUGCCAUCCUCACCCACGAGGACCUCCUCAAGGAGAGCUUCACCGUCCUCGGCUGCCUCAUCACUCGCUCCCACCCCUGCCAGCAGGACCUUGGCGACGAGGAGGAGCAGGAUGGCGAGGGAUCUUCCGAGUUUGACUGGCUCGUUAUCGACACCGCCAUGGACGUCAUCCUCGGCCUUGCUACUGCCCUCGGCGGCGACUUCGCCGAGAUGUGGAAGGUCUUCGAGAAGCCCAUUCUCAAGUUCGCCAGCUCCCAGGAGGGUCAAGAACGCUCGACCUCCGUCGGUGUCAUUGCCGAGGUCAUCAAGUACAUGGGCAACGCCGUCACCCCCUUCACCGAGGGUCUCCUGCCCGUCCUGGCUCACCGCCUGAGCGACGAGGACCCCCUCGCCAAGUCCAACGCUGCCUACGCCAUCGGCCAGCUCAUCUUCAACUCUACCCAGACCGACAAGACCAUCCCUCAAUACCCCGCCAUCCUGCAGAAGCUUGAGCCUCUGCUGAACAUCCACGAGUCCCGCAUGGUUGACAACGUCUCUGGCUGCAUUUCCCGCAUGAUGAUGGUCAACCCCAACCCCGAGUUUGUCGAGCGUGUCCUCCCCGCCGUUGUCGACGUCCUGCCUCUCAAGGAGGACUACGAGGAGAACGCUCCUAUCUACCAGGCCCUCUUCAAGCUGUACGACCAGCAGAACCCCACUGUUCGGCAGCUUACCCCCAAGAUCCUUCCCGUCCUUCAGUCCGUUCUCAGCCCUCCUGAGGACCAGCUGGAUGACGAGACUAGGCAAUUGGUGCAGAAGCUCGUCCAGGCGCUUCAGUAG